AAGUUAACGGCGCAGUACACAAUGUCAAAUGCGUCCAUUCAGAGCACAUAUAAAUCAAAAAAUUGCCAUGUGCUUAAACCGUUCUGUUUUGAUAUGACAGUGCGUGAUGUGGAAUUGUUGAUCAAUGCAAUCUCCGCAUGCUCGGCUCAGGUGAAUGCAACACGGCUAGAGUUGGAAUUAUCCGAUAUCCUUUUUUAUCAGUUUUACCAGCUGGCAGCACACUGCCAAGACAAUUCAUGGAAGACAAUGAAGAAGAAAGGAAGUAAGGGUGGUGACGCAAGUCCAGCAAUCGCCGUGCCAUUCAUUUCUCCAUUUUCAAGGAGCCGACGCAUUGAAAUCAAUUCUGUGGUCAUAUGUGAGAUCUGCGUCAUUCUAACUUAUGACAGGAGGGUGCGGCCUCCUGAAGAUGUUCUUUUUCGUGGUUCGCCAAUUGGGACGUUCGUUCCAUCCCUGCACCGCGCCACAAUAAGGCUGCCUACUGUGCGUUUUCGCGACGUCUCCAGAAAAACGCUUAUGGAGGUAUGCAAUAUGGUGCAGGAGGUGCUGUUUUUUGAAUUUCUGAAGCAAAUUCCUAGUUUUAUUUCGAGUGUUGUCCUCUUCCCGACGCUUUCUCCACUCGGCAAUAUUUUGUCGCGCGUCGGGUCAUUUAUCUUUGGCUCUGGCGGCGCUUCUUCAGAGUUGCCGGGCGCGGCACUCAUUUGA